GACCGUUCAGUCGCAACUCGAGAAGCGUACAGUGAACAAGUGCCGCGUGUUGAAUCAAUCAACCGCCAUUCUGUGGAUUAAAAUUGUGAGGUUUUAGUUUUAUUUGGUGCUGAAAAGAGUUUCUUUUUCUUUGUGAAUUUUUAGCAAGUUCAGAGAGCGGUGUGAGGCGCGAGAAUGCUUUCUUUUGGCCUCGUGUUUGCCAUCUUUUUGGCCAUCCUGCACCUAAGUCAUCCUCUGCCCAAUGGAGCCCCGGAAAGUGUCUGCUUCAGCCUUAUGCCAUUCCACGGAGGCGGAAUUGCACCACAGACUACCAUUACACCCUUCAGGAUCCAGCCAAGUGCAUCCGUGAUCGGCCAGGGUCAGACACUCCGCGUGGACAUUGAGGGUGUUACACCCGAACUCACAUUCGGUGGAUUUAUGCUGCAAGCUCGAAGCGUGGCACCACCCUAUGGAGUCAUUGGACGCUUCAAUCCCACCUCUGAUGGACUCGUGAAGCUCAUCAAUUGCAAUGGGCAGGAGAAUACCAUCACCCACGUGUCGCCUCAAGCGAAAAGGAGGAUUUCAGUUGAGUGGGAGGCACCACAAGACUAUGUUGGACCCGUUGUGUUCAAUGGAACAGUUGCUCAAGACUACGGACACUUCUGGGUUGGUAUUGAAUCAGAACCACUACAGAUUGUCCCACGUGGCGGGGCUCCACCCCCAUCAGGGAUCUCAACAACACGCCGUCCAUUCUCAUCAACAAGACCAGUCUAUGAGUCCAUUCAGCCGGCUCAAUCCAAAAUUCUUAGUACAGACAUGAUCUACGAUGGUUGUGGGGUAACCAAGAGUUGCUUCGGUAUUCCUGACAACUGCUUGGAGACGCGCCAAUGUCAAGCCAUCACAACUGUAACUGCCAGGGGCGAGAGAUUUUUCUUUGAACUUAAAUCUGGACACAUGAAUCCUGCCUACAUUGCUGUUGGACUCUCAAUGGAUGACAAAAUGAUGGAUGAUUCAGUGAUUGAGUGCGUACCAGAGGGUGGUGCUGUUAAUGUUUAUGCCUCAUGGACGGAGGCAAGACCCUAUAAUGCUGUGAGACAGCCAGGUGGUCAUCUACGCCUGCAGAAUGCCUCAUUCACCGAUGGAGUCAUCUACUGCAAUGUUGAGCGUGAUGCCAGGACGACAAUAAUGGGAAAAACUUUUGAUCUCUUAAACAACGAAUACUACCUCCUUCUCGCUUCAGGGGAAAGUCUCCGAAAUACUGGAAUUGGAUUCCACAGCAUUAUGUAUAGGCCUACAAGUAGGAGUGCCCGAUUGACGGAUCCUACUAACUUUGGGGCAGCCUCAUUGCUUCUCUAUCGUCUCCAUGGAGCUUUUAUGUUGAUCGCAUGGAUUGGAACAGCUUCAGCUGGUAUCCUCAUUGCACGGUACUUCAAGCAGACCUGGGUUGGACGACAAAUGUGUGACAAAGACAUGUGGUUUGCUUGGCAUCGAAUUUUCAUGGUGAGCACAUGGAUCCUCACCAUGGCUGGUUUCAUCAUAAUCUUCGUGGAAGUGCAGGGAUGGUCUCGCGCACAGAACCCUCAUGCCAUCUUGGGUCUUGUCACGACGAUAUUGUGCUUCCUCCAACCCAUUGGCGCCUUCUUCCGUCCACAUCCAGGCAGCAAGAAUCGUCCCUUCUUCAAUUGGGGCCAUUGGUUGGGUGGCAAUGCUGCUCAUAUUCUAGCCAUUGUAACCAUCUUCUUUGCCGUAAAACUUCCACGAGCAGACCUUCCAGAGUGGAUGGAUUGGAUUUUGGUGGCAUUUGUUGCAUUCCAUGUGCUCAUGCAUUUCGUAUUCUCGAUUGCGGGAUGUGCUUCAGAUCGGGCCAGUGGACAGAGAAUUACUGCCUUCCCAAUGACCGACAUGACACCCUCAAGAAGCUCAAUGGGGUCCGAGAGGAAGCAGGAUGCACCCUACUCAAAGUUCAGGAAAAUCCUUCUCGGACUCUACAUCACAAUUAUCAUUUUAUUCGUGAUCGCCCUGGUGGUGAUUGCUGUUUUGGCACCCAUUGAGACCUCCGUGACGCAAAUUUCAUCCAAAAUCACCAACUAGAGAAUUUCGGCCAGUGUGUGUGUGUGUUUUUGUUUCCCCAGCAGUAUUUUUAUCAUUCCUCAACAUCACCAUCUUCUUUAUUUUCUAUAUAUUUUUUCUGCAAAAAUGCUUUACAAAUUGCUGCAUUUAUGAGGAUAUAUUUUUUUGAAUUGAAAUGAAACGACGCACGAUCACUCAAGAAAAAGGAUUAAGAUGGAAAUGAUAAAAUCAUUUGAGGCCAUAACGCACAAAUUUCUUUAAAAUGCUCCCUCUAGGCGUGUGUCUGACAACGAUUUUAUUUUAUUUUUAUACUUUAUGAACAUUCAGAGAUCACAAAGAUUCCACUAAAACAAUCGAAAUUUUUUAUUUUAUUGAAUUUUUGUAAAAAAAAACUAAUUCGGUGUAAAAAAAAAGAAUUUAUUGUAUAAUUUAAAAUAGAGCAAGAAAUGCGUCAUAUUUUUUAAAGCGCCAGAUAAUACGAGUGUGUAAAUAAUUUAGUAAUUGUUAAGUUUUUUUUUAAAUGUAAAAAGAUUGUGUAAUUUUUAUUAAUUUUAUACAAUAAAUAAAUAACAUAGAAUAUACAAAAAA